GCUGAGACAAGUCUCCCUCGAAACUUGGCUCUUAAGCCUUCCCAGAUGCUUACCGACGUUCUCGGAGUAUGGAGUACAGACUACAUUCCUAGAGGAACUCGAUUCGGACCUUUAGUUGGUGAAAUUUACAACAAAGAUAAUGUUCCGACAAAUGCCAAUAGGAAAUACUUUUGGAGGGUUUACAAUGGUCCUGAUUCCUUCUUUUACAUCGAUGGGUUUGACGUCAGUAAAGCUAACUGGAUGCGCUAUGUUAACCCGGCCUACUCCAGCGAAAGUCAAAACCUCGUUGCCUGUCAGAUCAGACAACACAUCUACUUUUAUACCAUCAAACCCAUUGCUCCAAACCAGGAGCUUUUGGUGUGGUACUGUAAAGAGUUUGCUGAGAGACUCAACUAUCCACUAACAGGAGAACUAAUGCUUCAAAGGAUUCAGCAACAAUUGCAACCUGACAAGGAGCACUAUUACAUCUCUCGAGCGCAUCAACUCACACCAACAGAGGGCAGUACGCGUAGCGAUGAGGGUUACCAAAGCAACGGUGGUCAUGAUGAUGUUUUCACUCCCCCAGAAGAUACCAGUGACAGCGACAGUGAUAAUAAUUACGUUCUAGAUUUCAGCGUCAAGAACAAGAAUCGAGAACGAGAGAUGGAAACUCCCGAAAAGAAGAUAGUGGAAGAUCCUGAUGACAAGAACGAAUUCAGGAAAGUAAAGAUCAAGAUGUUGAGAGCCUACCACUACCGAUCUAACAGUUAUUCAGAGAAGAAGGAAGGAAAAGAAGAAAAGAAAGAACAUACCUUUUCUGAACCAGAUCGCAGUAAUAUUGAGGUUCUCGAAAGUCCCAAAACUGUCGAUGACAAUGAAAAGAAAGAAUCUUCUGCCUUCACUACUUAUGAAGGAAAAUGUCCACGACUGUUGGAUGAAAAUCCCAACCCAACACCUUCUGGUAUACUAGAAAACCUUCUUCUCCAGAAAUACCCCGACAAAGAUAUAGUGCCAGCAGAUCCUUUACACAAAGAGUUUGUUUAUCGUGUACCAAUGAAAGAACCAGUGAAAGUAAUCGUUCCUAACGAACUUCACAAGCGGCUCCACACUAACGAGAGGCCGUACACUUGUGAAACGUGCAAUAAAAAGUACAUAAGCGCUUCUGGACUCAGAACCCACUGGAAGACAACAUCUUGUCGUCCAAACGUCGUACAAGAAGGGAUGAUGGAGUUGGAUAAGAGCAAUGGCUUCGAAUUUGCCUUGACUGACAGUGACACCAGCAAAGAACCACUUUCACCUACCCGACCAUUGUCCAUCCAGUUACCAGGACCAAUGACUGGAAUAGAUUCAGAAAAAGCCAAGGAACUACUUUCUCCACCUCCUCUGCACGACUCUUUUGGUGCACAGCGAGGAUUAGAGUCAAAGCUCACCACAAGCGGCCCAUUGUCUCCAGAUGACGACUUGUCUAAAAAAUGUGUUUUUGAACAAGAUAUCCACGGUUCAGAGGACACUAAGUAA